AUGGACGAAUACCCAGCUGGCAGUCUGGACCAUAGUGUUCCGUUCCUGCUCACACUCGGCACAUCUGGCGAUCCAACUUACCAGUCAGGCCUGAGUGCAGUGCUCAAGGAACAGGCCAUCCUGAUCCGUUCCGAGCUCCCACCUCUCGAUUCAGACCAGGCGCAUGCCCUCUUGCGAUAUAUCCAGAACCGCGAUGCGUCAAACCUGCCCUGUAAUGGCCGAGAUGCGCCAAAGAAGCACCGAUUCCACGUCAAGACGGCCGAGAGGGUAGGUGGACGAUUCCGCGCAAAUGUCUAUCUUGUCCAAGAUAGGGACCUGAUGUUUAUGUGCAUACCUAGUCAAUACUCCUACCGCCUCGCCGCGCGCGCCUCCCAGAUGGACCUCGUCCCCAGUGUGUUACUGUGCUUCUAUACCCUUACUUCCGACCCAACACUUGCGACGCUUAAUGACAACAAAAUCAAGACGGAUGUGAACAACAUCAGGGCCCUUCUCAGCCAGUCCGGCUAUAAAACGCGCUUGGCUGUUGUGCUCUUGAGUGACAAGACAUCUGCCUCAGGUGAUCAUGUGCAGGACCGAUUGGAGAGUCUCCGAAGAGGAUGUGGCAUAGAUGCAAAAUCUUUGUUUCUUGUACCGCCCGGUGAUUCGAAGGAGGAGCUUGAGCGCAUGGCUGAGAACAUGCUGACAACGCUCUACACAGCCUCACUGGACUACUACCGGGACCUUGGGAGGCAUUCACGGAAGAAAAGGGGCAGGGGAGUGGCACCGCAGCCGACGGUACCACCGACCUCGGGCACAUCACAAACACUCUCGCUGGCGGGAUGGAAUGUGCGCUAUGACUUUAAAAGCGCCGUAUUCGCGGAAUAUCGGCAGGAGAUGGAUGUUGCCCUAAGAUCAUAUGAGCAGGCCUACGAAAACCUGCUCAGCUCGGAGCUGAUGGAAGUGAUUCCAAGUUGGAGUCCACGGUGGAACGAGGCUAGGUUUCUCGCCGAUGUCUUGGCUGUGCGCUGUCUUCGAUGUCUGUUGUGGAACGGUCAGCACAGCGCGGCUGCUCGACGAUGGCAGUCCCACCGGGAGAGGAUAGCCGACUUUCUCGACCGUCGAGGUCGGGGCACCGGAAACUAUGGAUGGGAAGCUUGGGAAUCUCGAUGGGCGCUUCUCAUGGCCAAUCUGAUGGAAAAGGCCAGCAUCCCCGAGUUGGCUCCGGUGACCCACAAGCUGUACCUCCAGCCGGAGAAGAAUGUGAUGGGGGAGCGGUUGCAGCCAUGGGAAUUUCUGCAUCACACGGGAUAUUGGUAUCGUCUGUCGGCAAAGCACAUGCAAGCUAGGAGGGACUUUGCACAUGCGAUACCCGAAGACGAUAGGAGGUCUCCAAGCAUGUCGCCGGCGUCUUUUGUGGCCAAAUCAGCGUUUGCUUAUGACACUUACAUGUGUCCGGAUCCUUUUGAAGAGUAUCCUCUACAUCGUGGUGGCUUUGAUCACGGCCGGUUUGUGGUGGAGAGGUUGAUGAAGGCACGUUCGGAGUUUCUCAAGCGGGAACAAGUACGUCUGGCCGCAGAAGUGUCCCUGGAAUGUGCCCGAGAACUCGGCCUGGCUGAGGAGUGGUCCGGCAUUGUCAAGCUGCUGCGUCCGUUGUGGAAAGACUUGCCAUUCAGAACUGUUGAACCAGAGUACGUUCUUAUGGCAGGUUCACGUUUACGUUGUGUUGACUUUGUUGCAGCUUUCCAAAAACGUCCCAACUGGGAGUAUGACAUUACCAAAGCUCUUGACCAAAUCGAUACCGAGUCCAAGCCAAUAGUGUCUCUAGCCGACGGUCAAGUACUCCCCUUCAUCUGGACGUCUUUUCUUUUCCGAGAAGAGGAAGGCAAAGCGGGCCAGAACGUGCGAAGUCAGCUCACGAUCAAGUCCAAUGCGCAUCAGGGGUCCACUCCUGUCUCUCUGACCAGUCUCUACCUCAACUUCAGCGGCAGCUUGGACCGGGUAGUUAUAGAGCAUGAUGAUGCUGUUGCGGUACAGGAAAAGAGGGGCAACACAUCAAUAUCUUCGGUCCCGCUAACGCGCGAUGAUGCCGAGGCCGAAGUCACAGACCUGGGCGCUACCAACAAAAGCGUCAUACUUCAAGGCGCUGCUGACCUGACGCUUGCCCCUGGCCAGACUUUGGUAUUCAACCUUGAAAUUCCAUUACGGGAACCAGGCGAGACGGAAGCUCAGUCAUUGGUGGUGAACCUGGACACUGAGGAGUUCGACUUGCACCAUGAGUUGAAGUUUCAUCAGACGCCAAAAACCAACUUUUGGUAUCUUUCUGGCUCUGCCACGAAACGCAUUGCGCGUCCGAAUCCACUCGCGAUCAAGGUGCAACCUAGGCCACCGAAGCUGGAGAUCAAGUGCCCGGUCUGGAAGGAUCAGUACUACACGGAUGAGGCCAUCGUCCUCGAAUUCGAGCUCACCAAUGGCGAAGAUAUCGAGGCGCUGGCCAAACUUGAUGCUACACUGUUUGGCGAGAAUCCCCCAGCGUUCACUGUUGAUAUUGCAGGCCAUGAGUCUCAGACAUCAUCCAGUUCCCGCAGCGAAGAGAGCAAACUGAUAGGGGCACCCCUGGGCACCAUUGAAAGCUCCAAGACCUCAUCAGUUCAACUUCGACUUCCACCAGUUGAUCGCUCCAGCCAGUACGACCUCACCUUGAAGGUCACUUACUUUCUCCCUACCAACCCUGGUACGCCGAUCACCCAAACUACGACGUUUCAACUCAACAUUGUCAACCCGUUUGAAGCAAACUAUGAUCUCCUGCCGCGGGUUCACCCGGAUCCAUGGCCAAGCUUGUUUGAUGCGGAUGGUGUCCGGAGUGCCGCUCCAGACGAUGACGUUCCUUUAGCCUUCAAGGGUCUAUCUCAGUCCUGGUGUCUGUUGACUCGUUAUGCCUCCUUUGCAUCAGAGCCACUACGGGUGGUAGACAUCGACGUGGUGCUGUCUUCCCUCCCAUCAGUCAGAUGCCACGCAAUCAAGCACAACAAUCUCCCCUCCUCGGGCGAAGGCCGACUAGUCGCCCCCAAAACCAUCGAGGAAGCAGCCUUUGCGCUCAAAGCCCAAAAGGCCUCCCUCGACGAGCGAGGUCCAUCACCAUUGGACGUCUCCCUCGUCAUCAAAUGGUCUCGUCCGGAGGUCUCGGAUCAAAUCAACAGCACUACUUUACCAGUGCCACGGUUCAAUCUGUUUGGUACGGAACCGCGGGUUUUGGCGACGGUCUCGCAUAUGUUUACACCGCACCCGUUGGUGGUCUUGACGGUGUAUAUUGAGAAUGCGUCGAAUCAUCUGUUGACGUUUGGGCUGACGAUGGAGCCGAGUGACGAGUUUGCGUUUUCGGGGCCGAAGCAGACUAGUCUGAGCUUGUUGCCUGUGCAGAGGAGGGGGGUGGAGUAUAGGUUGGUGCCGUUUGAUGAUUUGGGGGAGGUGGGG